CUGAAAACGUCCCCCCUUUUUUUCCAGCUCUUGAACUCAUUUUCUUUCAAUUGAAUAUUCUUCUUCGGAAUUUCAACUCUCUUUAGGCGUCUCUGUGAUCUGAUUUCUUCAACAUGAACGACCUGCUCACGGAUUCAUUUGUUGGAGAUGCCAAAGGCCAGCCUUCCAGAGAAGAUGAUAUAGAAAUGGGGAGGCAAAUUCAACGGAGCAAUACUGAUAUUGGAAUGGAAGCUUUCAAUAAGCAGAUACAAGAGGUUGAGAAACAGGUGGAUAAGGUCUCUGGACUACUUAACAAACUUAAGGAUGCUAAUGAAGAGUCAAAGUCUGUGACCAAAGCAUCAGCUAUGAAAGCGAUCAAGAAGCGCAUGGAGAAAGACAUUGAUGAAGUGGGAAAGAUUGCACGCGGCGUCAAAUCAAAACUAGAAGCCAUAAGCAAAGAAAACUUAGCCAACAGACGGAAGCCUGGUUGUGAGAAAGGAACAGGUGUUGACAGAGCAAGGACAAACAUGACAAAUUCUUUGACCAAAAAGUUCAGGGACAUAAUGAUCGAGUUUCAGACCCUCAGACAAAGAAUCCAAGAUGAAUAUCGUGAGGUUGUGGAGAGAAGGGUCAUUACAGUUACGGGCAGCAAACCAGAUGAAGAGACAAUUGACAACCUUAUAGAAACCGGAAACAGCGAGCAAAUAUUCCAAAAGGCAAUCCAAGAAUCGGGACGAGGACAGGUCCUAAGCACUUUGGAAGAAAUACAGGAGAGACAUGAUGCUGUGAAAGAAAUAGAGAAAAAGCUUCUUGACUUACACCAGAUCUACAUGGACAUGGCGGUCCUAGUCGAAGCACAGGGAGAGAUCAUCGAUAACAUUGAGAAUCAGGUCACAAAUGCCGUUGAUCAUGUCCAAAGAGGGAACACUGUACUUCAAAAUGCAAAGAAACUCCAGAGGAACUCCAGAAAAUGGAUGUGCAUUGCCAUUAUUAUUCUCUUAAUUAUAGUAGCUGUUAUAGUUGUAGGAGUACUCAAACCAUGGAAGAGUGACAAGGGUGCUUAAGCUCUCCCUUUGUCCCUUGACCAUAAUAUAUUAGUGAACUAGGAGUCUAUAGAAAUUAUACGUUUUCUUUACAUCACUUAAAAGCUUACUUAUUUGGUUUGAUGUUUUUUCCUUUAGAUUUAUUAGCCCUUUCUUUAGUGAAGUUGGUUUAUUGGAUUUGGGGUGUUGGUAGUGUGUCGUUGAAGUUUUUAAUGUGGAUUUUUGAAAACCACUAUACAAUUGUCCUCUUACAGGAUAAGCUUUUGGGUUCAGGCAUUUUUAAUUUGGUUUGCCUUGUGAUUAUAUGACUUUGUCACUUAAUAAUAUGUAUCACAUU